AUUAUCCUAGUUAAAAUAGAAUUAUUCUCUAUUAACAAUGGAUGCCAGUCCACCUAUUAUUCGUAAAUUACCUCCUAUGCCACAAGUCAGGCUUAAGAAUGGAUUAGUUAUUUCAAGACUCAUUAAUGGAAUGUGGCAAGUUUCCGGUGCACAUGGAGACAUUGAUCCAAAUAAGGCUGUGAACGCAAUGCAUAAAUACUGCGAAGCAGGAUAUACCACUUUUGACAUGGCUGAUAUCUACGGACCUGCAGAAAUUAUUUUUGGCAAUUUUAUUAAAAAUCGUCAUUCGUUUCAUCCAAAGAAUUCCGUGCAAGCGUUUACGAAAAUGGUCCCGAGUGCAGGUCCAAUGACUCGGAAUGUGGUCGAGUCAGCGAUAACGAAGUCAAUGUUACGAAUGCAAGUCAAGCAAUUAGACGGCCUACAGUUUCAUUGGUGGGAUUAUAAAGACAAAAGAUAUCUGGACGCUUUGCAACAUUUGUCUGAUUUACAAAGGAUUGGGAAAAUUCGUGAAUUAUCGCUGACAAACUUCGACACAGCAAGGUUGGAAGAAAUAACUUCUAAAGGAAUCGAAAUCUCAACCAAUCAGGUGCAAUAUUCAAUCAUUGAUCAACGCCCAUCACAAAGAAUGAGCAAAUUUUGCCGAAUGAAUGGAAUCAAACUUUUAACUUAUGGAACUUUGUGUGGAGGAUUAUUAACAGAUGAUUAUCUUGGUCAACCGGAACCAAGAGGGCGAAAAGAUUUAUACACAGCGUCGCUAUGGAAAUAUAAACAAAUGAUCGAUGCGUGGGGGGGUUGGAAAUUAUUCCAAGAAUUAUUAUCGACUCUGCGAGAUAUUGCUGAUCAGCAUAACGUCCAAAUCGCAAAUGUAGCAACAAGGUGGGUGCUCGAUGACCCCGUUGUUGGUGGGGUCAUAAUCGGCUGCAGAUUUGGAGUUUUGGGAGCCAAUCACGCGGUAGAGAACUUGCAAAGCGUUGAUUAUGAUUGGUGCUUAACGGAGCAGAACAGGUCCAUGAUUGCUAAAAUAACGUCACGGUCGAACGAUUUAUUAAAAAGCAUUGGAGGUUGCGGAGAUGAAUACAGAUGAAUGAACAAUGACAGAAAUUCACUGAUGUCAAAAGAGCAAAAUACGUAAAACUGUUGGGGUCAAAGGUCGCCAUGACGUGUUGGCAUGAAAGAUAGAUGUAAGGGCUCUGAUUCAAACCACAUGGUCUGUGGCUUCAAAUCCUGGGGGCAAUAAUGGAAAAUUUUAAGAAUUUCGGCCUUUCCUAAAAAUGAGAACUCAGUAGCUUCCUUUAAAAGUCUUUGUGUGGAAAAGCGUCACCACAAAUAUUCUAAAUUCAUCCAUUCAUUUAGAUGUAAAUUUCUAACCUCAUUAGAGCAUAUAAUGAUAUACCAGUUCCCAUCUGGCUAUUUCCAUGACUGGUUUGACUUGACUUGGUUCGAUAUUGUUGCAAGUCAAUUGCCAUAUACUAUCACUGUUUCAAAAAUACACCUCUUAGCAUUAAUGGUUGUUUACAAGGUUCCUAUCAGUUGCGAGUUAGAAACCUCAUUUGGAGCAAAUUUGCAAGAAUACUAUUUGGCUUUUUCUCUAUCAGUACUCUUUCUUGUUUUAUUUAAGCGUUUUUGAGGGUUUACUUUGAGCAAGCUUGUAUAUUAAAUAGGCCUCCUUUAUUAGUGAAUUUUUGUUUCAUAUUAUUUCUGUUUUGUGACUUUAAUUUUGUGAUAUUCCUAAUUUCAGAAUUAAAUUCUAUUGUAAAUUUAUUUCCUUGCCAGCAUAGCAAUAUCAAUGCAAAUCUGUACAAUACUGCCCUUUCCUACCAAAUAUCAGCAAUGAUUCAUCCAAGCACAUGGAUAAGCCACAGGUAUGAGUUCAAAAGUGUGGUAUUCAGAUCGUGGGACUUCAACUUUAGAACCCAAAAUACAAAUUCCAAUGAAAGUUUUUUCUAAAAAGUUUUCAAAUUUAGGCCUAAAGUCGGGAAAUCUUUUAUUACUCGACUCUAGAAAGCCUUUGGCUUGGCAGGAAACAACAAAAAUUGCUAAAUUCAUGACUCCAUACCCUUUGAACAUAAGGGAAAACACUACUAUAUGAGAAUGUUUUGUAUAUGUCAGAAUCUUCCACGCAUAGUGCAUUUGUAUUUAAUUUUUCUCCCAAAUUUGAGAAGUCUUUUAAUACCAGACUCUGAAAAGUCUGAAAUAUGACUGCCAGGCACCAACUCAAAUUGCCUUUAGCUUUAGAAACAAACACAAAUCAAUUUCUGUUAGACUAUUUCACUGCUUAAAUACCCUGGCCAACCUUGAUAACCAGCUUCGGUUCCCUGUUACGGCGCUUCCUUUGUGUCCACUUUUCUGCCAAUUUGAAUAUGCUUGUCCAUACUUGGUAUAUGCUUGGUGUAUUUCAAUUCAAUUCGUUUAUUACUCCAGACCGCUGCGGUAA